AUGAGACUAGAUGAGUUGAUGGGAUCAUUAAGAACAUUUGAGAUGAAUCUGGACCAAAACAAGCAGGAGAAAGAAAUGUCCUUUCAAGCAGAAUUGCAAAAACUGACUGUGGAAGAAGAUGUAGGAGAUCCACAAGUUUUGGUAGAAUCAUUUGUUCUUUUGACAAAGAAUUUCAACCGCAUUUGGAAACGAGUAAAAGGUAAGGGAUUCACUCCAAAUUCUGGCAAAUUCAACAACUUUCAGAAGAAUACAGAUGCUAAGAAGAAGAAGAAGAAGAAGACAUUCAACGUGACUUGGAGUGAUGAAGAAUCUGAUGGCAGCCAGGAAAAUGAAGAUCAUGUGAACAAUUACGUCGCCUUCAAUGUACAUCAGGAUGUUUCCAAUAACAGUGUUGCAGAUCGUGUCACAAACGAUGUUGGAACAUCAUCUGUAAUACACUCACAAAAACCAGAAGUAAACGGAGAUCUUUCUGAUUCUGACAGUUUCAGUAAUGAUGGAGAACUGACACAAGAGACUAUUCAGGAGGCUUAUGAAUCAAUGUUCAACAAAUGGAUUCAGGUGGUCAAGUUAAACAAGUCACUUGAAAAGAAAUUGGCCGAUACUUUAAAAGAAAAUGAGACUCUAAAGAUUAGCCAUGAGACCAAGAUUGCUGAAAUGGAUAAAAGACUGCAGGAAGCUAAUGCUGAAUUAGAGCAUACUCAGAAUACCUUGAAGACGAUGAACACUAGUACUGCUAAACUAGACCAUAGUUUGUUUAUGGGCAAAUCCAGUUGUGAUCAUUUUGGAUUAGGCUACAAUGGAGAAAGCCAGUCAUCCAAUGGAUGCUCCAGGCAUAUGACUGGUGAAAGAAGUUUUCUAAAGAAUUUCAUAAGUUCAACUGAUGGACAUGUGACCUUUGGUGAUGGUGUUAAGGGGAAAGUGCUUGGGAAAGGAACUCUAGAUGUUGAUGGAUUAUCAAGACUGAAGAAUGUUUUACUUGUGGAAGGGUUGAAGGCCAAUCUCAUAAGUAUUAGUCAGUUAUCUGAUCAAGAACCGUUUGUGAGUUUCUCUAAAGACAAGUGUCGUAUGAUUGAUGAGGAAGAAAACUGUGUGAUGGAAGGAUCAAGAUCAUCUGAUAAUUGCUACAUGUUGGUGCAUCCACUCUCAUGGCUCAAAGCUACUAAAGAAGAAAUUGAGGUUGAAAGAAUUGGUGGAAGAAAGUACAUAUUUGUGUGUGUGGAUGACUUUUCCAGAUUCACUUGGGUUAACUUUAUUAGGGAGAAAUCUGACACCUUCAAGGUGUUCCAGAAUUUGUGUUCAAAAGGAGAAAAACUGCAGUAUUGGGAAAAUAGUGAGAAUUAG